UUGUGAACAAGUCCCUUCUCGCCGGAUGCAUUCAGUCAGUGCCAUUUCAGCCUGCAAGUCGAAACCAUGGCCGUGACCAUACAAAACCUACAGAGAAUUUUACUUCUUCAGUUAAUCCUAAUGCUGGGGUUACCAACGUUGAUAACGCCCCACUCGGAAGGGUCGUCACUGUCACGCCAGAAACGGUUUUUAAUAUUUCCACGCGCCAAUCCUGGCCGUCUGCAACUGAUCGGUGGAUUCGGUAUACCCGUCGACCUUCAGCUGGAAUCGAUCACCGUUGGGUAUGUUAUCAAAACCGUCUACUACCUUCCAUGGAAUUCGUCACACUUGAUACCACCGUUUCUGGAUCGUCACGAGGCCGAAGGACUUCCGGUACAACCGCUGCGCAACACGAGAUCUGUCCCACUAGUGCUAGCGGCUGAUCGGAUCGAACGGUACGAGGGGACGGUGGUGGAUAAUGGAACCGAAUCCCUUCCGGAACCGUCUCAUGCCGGGUCACGGUGGAUGUUUUAUCGCGCCAUAGAACAAAUGUUUGAACAGAAGGGUUACGAUGGUCAUAGCUGCGUGCUCCGGGCCAUAUGCGAGACUUCUGAGGCGGCCUUUACGCACACAAGUGGGUUGGUGGGAGAGCUGCUGAACAUAGUUUUUCGGCCAUCUACCACCGAUGACAUCGUUAUGGAAGCUAGCCAUGAACGGUAUCGAGAGGCGGAACGUGUUUCGGCCACCUUUAGCCCCCGGGACGAUCGAUUACCGGUGUGCGAGAGCGUGUACGCCGAAUGCAAGCUUUCUUUGCUCGGUUCUUUUUCCAACAUAUUCGGUGACACGCUCUAGAUCAGGAGAAUAGCCAACUGUUUUGUAUUGAGA